AUGGAAGGGGGAUUUACAGACAUUAAUGAAGUAGGAAACGGAAAUGGAAAUAAAAAUGAAAACAUUUGGUGUAAAGAUUAUCAUAUAAAAAAUAUAAAUGGAAAUGAUGAUAAUGUAAGUAGUACUUUAGUUAGAUGCCAUGAAAAUGAAUAUACUAAUUCUAACCAUUUAAACAAUGAAAUCCCUAAUUUAGAAAACCCGAAUUUAAAAAAUGACGAAAAUAAUAAUUUAAAUACAGAUUUUGUAUGUGAUAAUACAGAAAAAAAUAUGCCACCUCCUUUUUCUUCAAAUGUGAAACCAGAGAAAAAUAAUAAAUCAACAUUAACCAAUGCAAAUAAUAAUGAAUAUCAAUCUGCUCAUACUUACGAUCCUUCUAUAAAUGGUGAUCAAAAAGAAAGAGUAACAAAUAAUCGAGAUAUAAAUGAAAAUUCAAAUACUGUAUUAGAACCACAAAAUGAAUUUUCAAAUAAUUUGAAUGAAGAUAAUGCAACGUGUUUUAAUCAAAGAGGAAUUAUCGAGAAUAGCGGCAUCGAAAAUGAAACACCAAAUAAUGGAGUAUAUACAAAUGAAACCCCUUAUUUAAGAGGUGAAGAAGAAGAAAAUGGAAUAAAUAGCGAAAUAAAUGUAGAAGAGGAUAAUAUGCUCGAUGUGAAUAAUGUAAACAAUGUAUUAACAAUAAAUAAUAUAAUAAAUGAUAGAAAUUCAAGAAGUUUAGCUUCGAAUAGUGAAGAAAUGAAUUAUUAUGCCUUAACAAUAAGAGAUAAUAUAAUAAAUAACAAUAUGAAUGAUAAUUUAAAUGAAAAUGAAGUACAUGAAUUAAGAUUUUAUCAAAGAUGUUUUAUUGGAAAAAUUUUAGGGUAUGAAAUAAAACCCAAUUUAGAAGAAUUUAAUGCGAACAAAAUUGUUAGAGCAUUUUUAUUUUUAUUUAUAUUAUUAGGAUUGUUUAGUAUUGAAUUUUCUUUGUUAUAUAAUAAUUUAUUAAAAAUAAAUGUUGAUGAUGCUGAGUUAUUAUUAAUUGACUCAAAAUAUAAUGAUAUGUUUACAAGAGCAUUCUUGUUUCAAUUUAAUAAAAAUAAAAUAAAAAAUUUGUUACUAACUGAUGAUAUGAUAAAAAAUGAAAUCAAUAAAGGGAAUUAUAAAUUAUAUAAUGACAUACAUAGAGUAUUGAAUAAAUUAUAUAAUAAUAAUAAUAAUAAAAAUAGUGUAAAUAAUGAAAAAAAAUCAGAGAAUAUAUAUAAGGAUGCAAUAAGAAUGUAUGAAAAGAUAAAAAAGAAAGAUGUUUUUAUAUACACAAUAAAAGAAUUCAAAUUCAAAAUGUGUAGAGAUAUAUUCAAAAGGAUUAAUAGUAAUAAUAGCAAAAAUUAUUUAUUUAUAUUCAUGCCAACACAAAAUCAUUUAAAAAUUACAAGGAUUUUUAUUUUCCUAACCAUAUUUUUUCUCUGUUUACGUGUUGGACUUAUAUCAUCAAGAAUAUUAUAUGAGUUUGUUUUAUUUUUCUUUUAUCGAUCAUCCCGAUUAUCAUUAAACACCAAAAAAGGAUAUUUAUAUAAAUAUUUCUGGUCAUUAUGCACAGUGAUGUUUUUGGAAAUUAUUUUAUCAGAUGAUUGUAUUUUAUGGUGGGUAAGUGAUAUUGAUCCGAUAUUUAGUUACCAUUUUCAAUAUUUUAUAUGGUUUUGUUCUAUAAUAUAUAUUCUAACAUAUGGUGGAAGUAAACUAUUAAAAAAAUGGGGUCAUAUUAGGAGCAAUAAUUCUGAUAAUUCUAGUAAUAAUAAUAUUGCCAAUAUACAUAGUAAUAAUAAAUACACUUAUACUGGUUAUAUUUUAGAAUAUAUUAGCAAGUUUUUAUUUGGAAUGAAUGUGAUAUUUGCUAUUUUUUUUAUUUUAGUAAACCUUGGAAAGCCAACAGUUAUUACUAUAAUAAUAACUAGUGCAGUUUUAUUUGUGGACAUUUUGAAUGAUUCAUAUUUAGAACAAAUUAGUUUAACAGAUUUUCACAAUUUUACACAAAAUAUGCAACCAAAAAAAAAAAUUUAUAUUAUAGAAAAUAAAAAGAAAAAACAAAAAAAAAUUGCAUUAACUAGAGUAAAUGAACAUACAUAUAGAGAAUUCACUAUGGAUGAUAUUUUAGAAUAUGAAGAAAAAAAUAAAUCGAAAAAAUAUUUGGGAAGCACGCAAAGUAAUAUAAAUAAUAGUGGAGGGAAUGAAAAUGAUGGAAAAUUGGGUUACAAUAAAAAAAAAAAUAUAUUUAAUUUAAAAAAUAUUUUUAAUAAAAGAUAUUUGAAUGGAAAAUGGGUAUAUGGAAGAUUAUCAGGAGGGGAUAGUAAAUGUGGAGAAAAAAGUUUCACAAAACGUGAAGAUAAUGAUGCAAUUUCAAAUCAAAUUAAUGGAGAGGACGCUUCGAUAGUUUCUUCAUUUGAAUAUUGUGAAAUAUGUGAUGAGCGCCCAAAAAAUAUUGUUUUAUAUCCAUGUAUGCAUGGUGGAUUUUGUGAAUUAUGUAUAAGAUCAUUGAUAUAUAACACUACUAAGUUAAAAUAUUCUUUGCCUUGUUGUCCUUUAUGUAGAAAACAUAUUUAUGAUGUCUACAAAAUAUCAAAUGAAGAUAAAUAUAAGCGCGUUGAAAGUGUUAAUAUAUUAACUAUCAAAAGUAAGAAAUGA